AUGGCGGCGCCGGGUGAGGCACGGUCCGAGGCACCGGCCUCGCCGCCGCCAUCACAGGAAUUGGGCCGUGAAGCGUCUCGGGAAGGCGAUGACCUCAUGUCGGACGAUGUCAAGGUGGCCGAGGGCUACUUGGUGAAGAGUCCGCCCAUUCAGAACCUGGCUUCGCCCAAUUUCCGGCGAUGGCGCCAACGCUACUUUGUCCUCUGGGCCAACUCAAAACGCCUCGAGUACUUCUCCGAUGCGAGUCAAAAACACCUCAAGGGUGUCAUUGACCUCAACCGCUGUUGGCAAAUCAAAGACUCGGUCCAACACCCCAAGUUUACAAACGUCUUCUGGGAGGUGUGUCGGCACCCGGUGGCCAAGACAGAGUUUGUGCAUGUGGACGUGCGAAAGCAGCGUUCCAUCUCCCAUGGCAUUCUCGACUCGACCUUUGAAGCGCCUUCUUCUGCCCCGCUGCCCCGCCCAUUGCGGGCAACCAACCCGCCGCAAGGCGUUGCCGCUGCAGCACGCCUGCGUGCCCACCAGAAUGUGGCACCUGCCGUGCCAGACCGCCCUUUGCCCGGUCGCACCUCUGCCCCACGCCCCACCAGCAAGCCCAUUGAUGAAGGCGAAGAAGAAGUUGUCUACCGCGCCAACACCGUCCCCUCCGUUCGCAGCAGCAUCUGCUCAACUGGUGGCGUGCCAUCUGCUACCACGCCACCCCAAACCACGCCGCUCCUGCUCUUUCCGUGUGUCAGCCCGUCCGGACAACGUGGUUGGCUCCGUCUUGAUCCGGUGCAACUCUGUCUUCUGGAUGGCAACUGCAAGCUUGUCCGCCAAGUUUGGCCCCUUCAAAGCAUUGUAGCCCACAGUCAAGUUGGCAACCAUUUUCAACUCGAGGCUCGCGGCGAGGCCCAUGUCGCGUUUCACCUCAUCGAUGAUGGCCGCAAUGUCUCCACCUACCUCGACUCCAUUCUGGCAAACACAAACCCGUCACCAGCCCCUGCUCAGAUCCAGGUGUGUUUGAUCGGCAUCACACUGACAAUGUUGAUUGAAAUUUGCCUCCUUGGAUCUUUGAGACAUGGCCGCACGCUCAUGCCAUUUGGUGCUUCGUGCAUUCCCGCUCCGUGUACCCCAUUUCCCCCCAUGGCUUCAAUGCAGUCACCCGUGGUCGCCGCUGCCGCUGCUGCUCGUCAGUCUCGCAUUCUUCCCGGCCGGCAAAAUACAUUGUCAAGCCGUCGCUCCAACAGCAUCCGCUCUCAGGUCUCCGAGGAUUUGCCGCCGCACGAGGAGUAUGCGGUCUUGGAAUUUGGUCCUCGACGUCGGGCGGCCCCACACCCUAUUCGUGAGUUUAGUUCCGAUAGCUCAGACCAAGACUCAGACGCAGACGCCCUGCCUCCUCCUAUCCCCCGGCGCCAACAAAACAUGUCCUUGACUGCACCAAACGCACCCGUUGCCCACGCGGCUCCAGACAUUGAAGCCGGUGAGGAUAAGCGAGUGCGGCUUCUCAGAGCCGCUUCACAGGAAGAGACCAGCAGCGACGAGAUGCUCGAUGCAAACCCUGUCGCUGACAUAACCAACGAACCGGAAACCCAAGUCAAGCAGCUCGAUCGAGUGCAAUACGUCGAAGUGGAUCAGCUCAAGACCUUGGCCUUGGCCAAGGCUUUGGAGGGUCAAACGAACACUAUCGGCACUCGUGAAACCAGGCACGGUGCCACUGCGCCUCCUGUUCGACUUCAGCGGCCCUCCAUGAAGUCUGGCACCAGCGUCAUGGAUCAUGAGUAUGAAAAGGCUCGCCAACUCGCGCGGGAGGUGACUGUUGAAAUGCAUAGUGGUACGGGCUUUGUCUCCAGUCUCCUACAAGAGCUUGAUGAGCUCGUGGAUGAG